UCUCUUAUAAUCAACCCAUUAACAAGAACAACAACAUCAAGAAUCUAGCAACCAUUCUUUGAACUAAGACACAUUACAAUUUCUCUUCUUUGUUCUUUCCAUCAAAGAGAAUUCAUAAAAAACACCCAAACAAAAUCAUGUCUUCCACUCCAAAAAAUUUAACUAUUUUCCCACUAGAACAAUUAUUCUUAAGAAAAUAAUUUCAAAACUUAUACAUUCAUUUUUAUUUCUAUUUUUUAUUCUUUAAUUUUUUUAUAUUUUUUUUAUAACUAAUGAAUUUUUUAUACAUUUUUUUGAGUUAGGAGGGAAAUGGAAUAGAAAAAAAAUGCGCUUUUUAUAUUUAUUUGCAAACUCUCUAAGCAAAAGGUCUUCAGCAGCAUUUGUUAGUCAAAAGAGAGGUGGAGAGAGAAAGAAAAGCGCAGAUCUUUUUCUCAUCCAUCUACUUGAAGAUCUAAAACUUGAAAAACCCACUUUUAAGUCUCAUUCUUUAGUCUUCAUCAGAACUUAUAAGCAUUUGCAGAUGGGUAAUAUCUCAGGAUGUGGGCAUAGAAGGAGGACUUCAAAAUCAAUGGAUGAGAUUGAAAUUGAAUCACCCAGAAUUAGAUUGAGUGAUGGAAGAAAUUUGGCUUAUAGAGAAACUGGGGUUUCUAAAGAAGAAGCAAAUUUCAAGAUCAUUAUUGUUCAUGGAUUUGGCAGCAACAAAGACAUGAGUUUUUCUGCUCCUGAAGGGAUAAUUCAAGAUCUGAAGAUAUAUAUGUUGCUAUAUGAUAGAGCAGGCUACGGAGAUAGUGAUCCUAACCCGAAAAGGUCCCUCAAGACUGAAGCAUUAGAUAUCGAGCAACUCGCUGAUCAGUUAGAGUUAGGACCCAAAUUCUAUGUUAUUGGAGUGUCACUGGGAUCAUAUCCUACUUGGAGUUGCCUCAAGUAUAUACCACACAGGCUGCAAGGCAUUGCUUUAGUGGCUCCAGUUGUCAACUACCGUUGGCCUUCUCUCCCUAAUGCUCUCAUCAAAGAUGACUUCAGAAGAGGUCUUGUUAAGUUAGGUUAUUUUGUUUUGAAACACAUUCCUGGUUUUCUAUAUUGGUGGAUGACCCAAAAGUGUAUCCCUACCGCCAAUGUAAUGGAGAAGAACCCUGUAUUUUUCAGCGAAAGAGAUAUGGAAGUUCUGAAGAGAACUCCAGGAUUUGAGCUUCUCAGUGAGAACAAAAUAGAGCAUAGAAGUGUUUUCGAUAAUCUUCGCCUUGAUUUAAUGGUGGGAUUAGGUAAAUGGGAGUUUGAUCCAUUGAAACUAACCAAUCCAUUUCCCAAAGACGAUGGAUCAGUUCAUCUAUGGGCAGGCUUCGAAGAUAAGGUUGUUCCAGUUGAACUUCAAAGACAUGUAAUGGAGGAUCUGCCUUGGAUCAAAUACCAUGAAAUUCCUCAUGGUGGGCAUCUGAUUGUGUAUGAUACUGAAGUAUGUGAAUCCAUUUUAAGGGCGCUUUUGCUCAACGAGGAACCUGCGAAGUACGUACCAUUACCUGGUACCCCAAAGCUGGUAGCAGCAUCCUGAUUCUUAUUACCUCUUUUUUUCAGUUAAUCUGAAUUGGUGAUGUUUUGUGAAGUAAAAAAAGUUGAUGAAUUUGUAAAAAGAAUGCAUUUGAAGUUUUAUUAGUUCCAUUGGACUGGAAAAAUUAGAGAAUCUAACAUGAUUCUUAUUAUGGAGCCAUGAAAUGUAAGUGAAGAUGAAGAUAGGCUUCAAUUAUUGCAUAGCUUGUAACCUGUACCUGUGAUAUGUACUGCAGUCUGCAGAGUCAUUAUUGUAAAUAUUUAUGUAUACUACAUAAGUAUUUAUUACUA